GGAGCCGAGCCCGAGCCAGGCUCUCGGCAGGAAACAAUGAAGGGAGACACCAGACAACUCAACAGAGAGGAGGACGCCAGCGGGAGGGAAGACUCCAUCAUCACCAAUGGGGGCUGCAGCGACCAAUCUUCCGACUCCAAGGACGCACCCUCACCCCCUAUCCUGGAGGCUAUCAGCACCCCGGAGAUCAGAGGCCGCAGAUCAAGCUCACGAUUAUCCAAGAGAGAGGUCUCCAGCCUGCUAAGUUAUACUCAGGACCUGACGGGCGAUGGAGAUGGUGAAGGGGAAGAUGGAGAUGGCUCUGACACUCCAGUGAUGCCAAGACUCUUUCGUGAAACCAGGACUCGGUCAGAAAGCCCAGCUGUCCGAACCCGAAAUAACAACAGUGCCUCCCGCCGGGAGAGGCACAGGCCCUCCCUACGUUCCACCCGAGGCCGGCAGGGCCGCAAUCACGUGGACGAGUCCCCCGUGGAGUUCACAGUUACCAGGUCCCUGAGGCGGCGGGCAACAUCAUCAGCAAGUACGCCAUGGCCAUCCCCUGGCAGCCCCUACCUCACUAUCGACCUCACAGAUGACAGCGUGGUACCCCAGAGCAGCAGUACCCCUUACACCCACCUGGCCCAGGAUAGCCAGCAGGAGAGCUUGGACUCCUCACAGGUGGAUGCAGAGGGCAGAGACACAGACGGCACCGAGUAUCAGGUACCACUAGGAAGGGAAAAUGGAAUAGGCGACCUCGUAUGGGGAAAGAUCAAGGGCUUUUCCUGGUGGCCUGCUAUGGUGGUGUCUUGGAAGGCCACCUCCAAACGCCAGGCUAUGUCUGGCAUGCGGUGGGUCCAGUGGUUUGGUGAUGGCAAAUUCUCUGAGGUCUCUGCAGAUAAGCUGGUGGCUCUGGGAUUGUUUAGCCAGCACUUUAACCUGGCGACCUUCAAUAAACUGGUCUCUUACAGGAAGGCCAUGUACCACGCUCUGGAGAAAGCCAGGGUGCGGGCUGGCAAGACCUUCCCCAGCAGUCCCGGAGACUCAUUGGAGGACCAGCUGAAGCCCAUGUUGGAGUGGGCCCAUGGGGGCUUCAAGCCCACCGGGAUCGAGGGCCUCAAACCCAACAACAAGCAACCAGAGAGCAAAACUCGAAGACGUACAGCUGAUGACUCGGCCACUUCCACCGACUACUGCCCUCCACCCAAGCGCCUCAAGACUAAUUGCUAUAACAAUGGCAAAGACCGAGGAGAGGAGGACCAGAGUCGAGAGCAAAUGGCUUUGGAUGUCACCAAUAACAAGAGUAAUCUGGAAGACAGCUGUUUGUCCUGUGGUAGGAAAAGCCCUGUGUCCUUCCACCCUCUCUUUGAGGGUGGGCUCUGCCAGACGUGUCGGGACCGGUUCCUUGAGCUGUUUUACAUGUAUGACGACGAUGGCUAUCAGUCCUACUGCACCGUGUGCUGUGAGGGCCGUGAGCUGCUACUCUGUAGCAACACAAGCUGCUGCCGGUGCUUCUGCGUGGAGUGCCUGGAGGUGCUGGUGGGCACAGGCACAGCAGCAGAUGCAAAGCUACAGGAACCCUGGAGCUGCUACAUGUGCCUCCCACAGCGCUGUCACGGUGUCCUGCGGCGCCGGAAGGACUGGAACGUGCGCCUGCAGGCCUUCUUCACCAGCGACAUGGGGCUCGAAUAUGAAGCCCCCAAGUUAUACCCUGCGAUUCCCGCAGCCCGAAGGCGGCCCAUUCGAGUCUUGUCCCUGUUUGAUGGAAUUGCCACAGGGUACUUGGUUCUCAAAGAAUUGGGCAUCAAAGUGGAGAAGUAUGUCGCUUCCGAAGUGUGUGAAGAGUCCAUUGCGGUUGGAACGGUUAAGCACGAGGGCAAUAUCAAAUAUGUGAAUGACGUCAGGAACAUCACAAAGAAAAAUAUUGAAGAAUGGGGCCCCUUUGACUUGGUGAUUGGUGGAAGCCCAUGCAAUGAUCUCUCAAAUGUGAAUCCUGCCAGGAAAGGCCUGUAUGAGGGCACAGGCCGGCUCUUCUUCGAGUUCUACCACCUGCUGAAUUACUCACGCCCCAAGGAGGGUGACGACCGGCCCUUCUUCUGGAUGUUUGAGAAUGUGGUAGCCAUGAAGGUCGGUGACAAGAGGGACAUCUCUCGGUUCUUGGAGUGUAAUCCAGUGAUGAUUGAUGCCAUCAAAGUGUCUGCUGCUCACAGGGCCCGAUACUUCUGGGGUAACCUGCCUGGGAUGAACAGGCCCGUGAUAGCAUCAAAGAAUGAUAAACUCGAGCUGCAGGACUGCUUGGAAUUCAAUAGGACAGCAAAGUUAAAGAAAGUACAGACAAUAACCACCAAGUCGAACUCGAUCAGACAGGGGAAAAACCAACUUUUCCCUGUUGUCAUGAAUGGCAAAGAAGAUGUUUUGUGGUGCACUGAGCUAGAAAGGAUCUUCGGCUUUCCCGUACACUACACGGAUGUGUCCAACAUGGGCCGUGGUGCCCGCCAGAAGCUGCUCGGGAGGUCCUGGAGUGUGCCUGUCAUCCGACACCUCUUCGCCCCCCUGAAGGACUACUUUGCCUGUGAAUAGUCCCCCAGGCGGCUUGGGCACUGGGGUGUGGAGGACAGAGCUGGGACCCAGGAGGUACAUCCCAGGCUCUGUCCUUCCUCAGCUCAGCUGUGUGGGGUCACCCCAUGUACCUCGGUGGGAGCAGAGCCACCUGACCCCCUCCUGGCAGGGGGAGCCCGAGGUGCCACCUCCUUGUGCACAAUUCAGCCUGGCUGCUCGGAGCAGCCAAAUAUGGUGCUCAUUUUAUCUUCUCCUAAAACUUUAAAACUUGAAGUAGAUAGUAAAGAUGGCUUUUUUUUUUUCCCCUCCUGGGUUUACCGCUCAGAGAAACAAUGGCUAAGAUACCAAAACCACAGUGCCGACAGCUCUCCAAUUACUCAGGUUAAUGCCGAAAAAUCACCCGAGACAGUUAUCGCAAGACUUUAAUUUUUUUAAACAUCUGCAGCUCCUUGUUUCCAGGAGUGCGCAGUGGUAGACAUGUAGCUAAGGGACAUUUUGAGGGCCCAAGGAUAAUUUUUUCUAGGGCUAGCAAAAGAGGGACUAUCUAUAUCUUGAAUUUUACCACGCACAUUCCCCUGGCCUCAGUACGAAGGGCUGGGAUGCAGGGCUGGGAUGCGCUGUCGGCCCAUUCAGAGUAUUUUCCACACCGAUGAUGAUUUCAGCAGGGAUGACAUCAUCAUCACAUUCAGGGCUUUCUUUUCCUACAAACCCAAGGGCAGGGCCACCCUUAGCUAAAUCUCUCCCAGUGACUGCAAUAGAACCCUCCGGGGAAGCUCAGGAAGGGGGUGGGCUGGGUUAUAAGCAGCCAUAUAUUAUGGAGGUAGAUAUGGCUUCUUGCUGUCUCCCUCUUCCCCAUGUGAGGGAAAUGAAGGGGGACACUUAGAAAGACACCCCCCUCCCCCAAACAUACCCGUCAGACUUCAUAGGCACAGAUCCCCAGAUUAAAAGUAUGACACCCUAAUUCCUCAUCCUUUCUCUAAACUUGGAAGCAGUGACAGCCAGGGGCAGAAGCACAUUCCUCGCACUUUCCCCUCAUCUAAGAGAUUGCAGGGGGAAAACUGCAAUAAAAGCUCGACCCUCCA